UUUGAGAGUGUUAAAACACGUAUAGAGGCCAGGAGAUGUCUGCUGAGACCAGAGAACAAAGAGGGUGCAUUUCUCGUCUGGAAGUGUGAUGAGAAUAAUCAAUAUUACUUAUCAGUGUGGAACGGCCUUCAUGCACGGCAUUACAGGGUCAAGAAGGGAGAAAACGACAAGCAGUUUUUCCUUGUUCAUCACACAACCUUCCAGACCUUGUGUGAGCUGAUAGAGUUUUACUCUAAAAAUGAGGGUGGACUCUGCGCGAAGCUUCACGAACCCUGUGUGAAGCUGGACCAGCCAGCUCCUCUGACUCUGUCAUUUGAAACCAAAUGGGAGGUAGAGAGAAGCUCACUUACCAAAAUAAAGAAGCUGGGCAGCGGGGAGUUUGCGGAGGUCUGGCAGGGGCUCUGGAACAACACCACAGAGGUGGCCAUCAAAGAGUUCAAAGAUGUCAACUAUUCAAAUAUCAAAACAGAGAUUGAUAUCAUGAAAGAGCUGCAUCAUGAGCGUUUGCUGAAGCUCUACGCUGUGUGUACUAAUAGUGAACCCAUGUGUUUAGUCACAGAGCUCAUGAAAAAUGGCAGUUUAAAGCAAUUUCUCAUCAGCCACAAAGAGAAACAAGACCUAGAGUUUUCAAUCAUGAUGGAUUUUGCCGUCCAGAUUACUGAAGGAAUGAUUUACAUUGAGAAUAAAAUAGUUCACCGUGAUCUGAGAGCCGAUAACAUUCUGCUUACCGACAUGCAAUGCUGCAAAAUAGCCGAUUUUGGACUCGCUGAAAUUAACCUCGCUGGAAGCCACAGAAUUUCAUCUGAUAUAAAGGUCCCUGUGAAAUGGAUGGCCCCUGAGAUAUUUGAGAACAAGGCUUACACAAGCAAGUGUGACGUCUGGUCUUUCGGCAUCCUUUUAACUGAAAUCGUGACGUAUGGAGAUGACCCAUACCCUGGGAUGGAAAAAAUGUCAUGCGUUCGGUCCAUUCAGAGAGGAGAGCGGAUGGAGAGACCUGCCGGCUGUCCCGAAGCGCUCUAUGACAUUAUGCUGCUGUGCUGGAGGUCAAACCCUGAGGAGAGACCAACAUUUACGGAGCUACGGGAGAAGCUGAUGGCUCUCAUACAUGAGGCUGAUUCUGAACUGGAGUAGAUACUGUAGAAAUGAGAGGGCUGAGACACUUUUGAGCUUAGAUUAUAUGUAACCAACACAUACAAUCCCUUAUAGUUUACAGAGGUAAUAUCUACUGAAAUUGAUGCAAUAUGGGUGAGUCUCAUGAAAAUGUAAAAAAUGACCAAAAAUAUUACAGUAAAAAUUACGGUAAUGUGACUU